UUGUUUACAGUAACAGAAGAAAAUGGCUGCAUCCAGACUUGCGAAGGGAAAGAAAGUCGUGAACCAGGAGGAGUUACGACGGUUAAUGAGAGAAAAGCAACGAGAAACAGCCGACAGAAAGAAACGAGUCGAAUCGCCUUUUGCAAAAUACAACAGCCUUGGUCACCUAAGCUGUGUGCUGUGCAACACACCUGUCAAGAAUGAGAUACUGUGGCAAACGCACAUGCUCGGCAAACAACACAAAGAGAAAGUUGCAGAACUGAAAGGUGUCAAGCAGGUAGCUUCCAGUGCUUCAGCCAACCAGACACCUGCAGCUUCAACAUUGAAGAGGAAAGCUCUGGACUCUGAGAGUGUAGAGGUCAAAAAAGUAAAAGCAGCUUCUGGUGACCAAGCACAGUCUUCAUCUUCUUCAUCUGGGCUGCCAGCUGAUUUUUUUGACAGCAAAGGUAGUAAGGGGGUUCCCAGCUCCACAAAAUCGAAGCCUUCGGGGCUUAACUUGGUGGCCGGUGACUAUGAAGAAAAUGAUACGGAUGAAGAAAAAGAAGCCGGUUCCAGUGAAACCACUGGAAAUGAAAAUGCACAGAAAAAUGCAGAGUUUCCACUGCCAGCAGAUUCUUUUGAUAGCAUAAUUCCACCUGCUCCUGCAGUGUCUCAUUCUGGAUCUAUUCACAAAGCUGAUGAGCAAGAAAAGCCAGUGGAAAGAAAAGAUAACACAGCAGAAGCUCUGCCAGAGGGAUUUUUUGAUGAUCCAGUAAAAGAUGCCAAGGUGCGAAAAGUAGACGCACCAAAAGACCAAAUGGACAAAGAGUGGGACGAAUUCCAGAAGGAGAUGCGACAGGUCACUAAUGUUUCGGAAGCGAUCGUAGCAGAGGAUGAUGAAGAAGGGCGCUUGGAUCGGCAAAUCGGGGAGAUUGACGAGCAAAUAGAAUGUUACCGUCGUGUGGAGGUGCUGAGAAACAAGCAGGAGAUGAUAAAAGAAAAACUGAAGAGCACAAUGGAAGCCAAAUCACUGCACAGUACUGAUGAAAUUGACAGCGAGGAGGAGGAGGAAUUACAGGACCUGCUUUCAGGAGACUGGAGGGCUAAAGGAGCUCUGUCAUAACAACUGCUCCUUUUUGUUUUCCAUUUGAAUGAAGUCUGGAUUCAGAAAUAUAGGGCAGGAUUGUAUACACGAUUUAUUUUUUCAUGUUUGUUUUAACUCGAGGCGGGAAUGCAAUCCUAAUCGUGUCUGGGGUAGUUGUUCUACAUCCAGUGUCCCAACAACAACACUGUUUCUUUGUUGCACAUUUAACCUUCCUUGUUAACUUGUUCUUGCAUUAGAGUGGACUGCCUUGCAACAUAAAGGAAUUGGAUAUGUGUAAAGCAACACCUGUGCCCUCUGUUUUACUCCAGCAUUCUGCUUGUUCAUUGAUACAGCUGGUCAUUAAAAAGUGUAUUAUAUCAGUAUUCUCUGUUAUUCCUUUUAGACAAAUCAAUGUUAGUUUUGAAUCAAUUUUUUUUAUUUUAUAUAUUUUUUUUUUGUUAAGAAAUGCAUUGAAACCUCGCUAUAAAGCUAGCACAAAUCAGUGUAAUACAUUUCAGAUCUUUGAAGCACAUGAAAGCUUUGAGUGUCCAGUUCUUUAUUAUAAUAGUUUGGUAUAUGUCAGAGGUGGUCAGACUGUGGCUUGCGGGCAGUUCAAGUGUAGAAAGAAUAAACAAAAACGAAGAGAAAGUUAAAAUAAACACAAUAUUUUUGUUCUCUGUC